AUGUCCGCCAGGCUAAGGUCAUUCGGCAAAGCGAUCUAUACAGCACAUGGUCUGUCUUCGCAGCUCUCAAGUAUCUCUCCUGCUGCCCCGACCUUACAUCCUUUCCCACCACCAAGCACACUUAAGACCAAGCAACCAACCAACAAAGAACCAUCAACGACAACUUCCAAACCUAUCAAAUACCAUCCACAACAUCUACCAACAAGCCAGAUUGACCCACUUUCCAGACCGCCUCCAAGCCACAUCUCGAUCACGAUGUCUGAACGAUCGGCGCUCACGUCAAGCACAAGGCGAUCUUCUCGAACCAUAGCCAGUUACAGCGAUCGGGGUGGCCGCCACCCUCAUCCUCCACUCAACAUACACGUCAGCGAUCACGUCGCUCAAGCCCAUCGACCCAUCAAUAUAUACAUUGGGGAGAACCAGCCAGGAAUGCAAAGAAGGCAAUCUAAUCUCAGUAUACUUUCUGCUUUAGGCGACCAGAUUGAUGUUGAGUCAACACUACCACACAAUCUGCCAGCGCGAAGCGUUACGGGCUCCGAACACAACUCAAUCGCACCCCCAUCUCGAAUUGUAGAAGUUCCUGAAGACGAUGACGGGGCAAUCCCAGCUCCUAGCGUUUUCGAAGUGCCCAAGAGCCGCGACAUUCUAGUUCCAAGUGGCAGUGGCAGUCAUCGUUCGAUCUCAACAAGUCCAGGCCCACCACCUGAAGAGAACAUCGCCGCACCUGUGCCAGGUGCUAGUGGCUCGAAGCCUUCCAGCGUACACACUGCUUCGCCUCGGAGUGUUGCUGGCAGCGAACCUCAACGGACUCUGUCACCAUUGCCAGUCGAGUCAGGUCGCGAAGAUACUCGUCCGCCUGCGCCGGGCCCAACCUUCGUUGAACACAUCGAUGUAAACCAUACUUCGGGUCGAAGUACGGCUGGCAACAGUGGUCAUGGGUCUACACCGCCAGUCCCUGCCACAGCAAGUAUAAGAUCCAGAUCGGCAUCGGAUCCUGCACCAGCYGUGCAAACAACCAUAUCCCGAGCAGUCACACCGGAGCCACAGCCCAUCCUCCCUGAGUACCCUUCCAAUGGAUCCACAGGCCAAGGAUCUGAUACAGCGAUCGAUGCUCUGGGGACUGAGACCGACGAUCAACACACUUCUGCCAAGUAUGAUGCAACUGCCCAGGUAGCCGAAGCAAUCGCAAACACAAAUCUGAAAUAUACCGCGAAGGGAAUCUUAAACACCGCGAAUCGGGAGGUCGAGAUUGCUGAAAUCAAGGCUCGCCCAGGAUGGGUUUGGUCACUGGGCUCAGACCCGCAGGUGCUCCACAGGUUCAGCAACCCUCGUGUGGUGAAGCCUUACUCCCACGAAGAUGCGUACGAUGAUGCCAUGAGUGCGUUAGAAAGAGAGAAAGAACAGCAUUUCCAAGACAUGGCGGCACGGAAAGCCAUCUCGGAUGCAAAGAUCAAGGCGAAGCAGGAGUCCGUCGCAAGCAAAUUCGGUUCAAGCUCGAGUCAGCCAUCCAAUCCGCAGGCUGGAACGGGUGAUGCUGCACCAGCUAAAUCGAAUGCGGGCUCUAAGGCUCCGAGCACUGGAUCUCGAUAUGAACAGCCUUGCACUAUAACGUGUUUUGAUCCUCCCAUAGCAUCUCCUGACUGUCCAGGCCCCAAUUGUGGAUGUAUCGACCCCAACGAUUCCAAGGAAGCCGAUCAGAUUCGAGCUUUCCUGAAGAACGCCACUGUGCCGGAUGAACCACCUGAAGAGGCUCCGAGCUCAGCCGGUAAGGAUCAGCUUUUCCCGCACGAACGAUACUGUACUCCAGUAGGAGCUUCACAUCCUGGCGGAUCUGGAAAUUGUACAAGGCCCGACCUCAUUCGCGCUAUUCCUACUCCACCUGAUAAUGCUACUCCUGCAAUAGUUCUCACACCAGCGGCAGAGAUUCCCGAUGAUGUCCAGCAUGUGUCACCGAAAUUGUCUGCUCGUGCUGCAGGCAAGAGAGCAGUCCCCUCAACUAGUUCGGGCACCGUUCGUUCUACCGGCAGCAUUGUUCGGAAUGGCUCGCCCUCAAGUUCCAAGAGAGAUGCUACAGAUCGAGCCUUUGCUGAUGAGAGGAAUCCUCCGGCUAACGUGCUUGAAAAUAAUCAGGAAGACGUCGUCAUCAGCGGAUCGUUCCCCAAUGGCCAGCCGAGGGAGUCUUCUCCUGAAGGAUCGAAGCCCCCAGAUCCACCCUUGAGGAGCUCUGCGGGCUCUGCCAGGGCAGCUUCAACGCCGGCGCUCACUCCCACAGUACGCACGCCUCUGCCAACUCAUCGUAGCGGGGUCAUAGACCUCACUUCAGAAUCAGCCGGAGUGAAGAACCACACUCAAACUGCAAUCUCCAAGGCGACGAGUCAAGCAAGUAAGGUCCGGCAGCAGGCUGUAGAGAGUGUGACGAAACUGGAUCCUAGGGAUGUGGGUGUCACCGUUGAAGUCCCUUCCAAAGCACCGGAGGAGGAUGUCACCAUCCACAGCAAGGGCCCCAACGUGACUUCCGCUGCUGGAAGCUCUCAUCCCAGGGCUAUCACCUCUUCGUCUACACACCCGAGCCAAAACGACCCAGAGGCUAAGAAGUUUGUACCUCAGGCUGUUGGUCCAUCUAUUAGGAUACCCUUGGGUCCUCCUAGAGCGGCUUCACUACCGGCAGCGACUUCAUCACCUCCUUUGGAUCCAGAAUUGGAGGAGGUGUACGCUCAACUCGAGGAUUUCACGGUUCUCCUUGACACUGCCAGAAGGCGGGCUCGCACUCAAGAUGCCGGCACGCAAACCGUCGAUGCUGAGCCUACUUCAAAUGUCGGUACGCAAACUAUCGAUGAUCCAGAGAGGAGUACAGCGAGCAAGCGAUCUGGACCGGCGGCCAAUGCUGGUGUAGUAGAAGGAGCGCCCUCUCGACCUGAUUGUUCAGUGAAUAGAGAACACUUGCCAUCCACUACCGGAAAUGAUGAUGAGGCUCCCGUCCCGGAAGCCUUCAUUCUGCCAUCUCACGAGGAGGACCCGGAAAUCCAAGCGACAAAGGCUCCAGUUUCCAUCCGUUCACGUGAAGAAGUCGAGGGAAACCCCGAGUCGCCUCAGUCGGAAUGCCACUCCUCGCGAAAGUCAUUCGUCAUUCCCCAACCCGAGGUCUGGCCACCGACAUCCGAGUCGAUCAUCAAUGGCGACAGAAUCAAGCCCCCAGAUCUCCCGGUUAAGAAACAGCCAUAUGUCAAGACGGAUCCAAUGCCCCUCGGGUCUUACUGUCCAGGCUGUGCUUGGCACAUAUACUGGGGUUUCGGAGCCGAAGACGGGGUCUUCAGUCCUCCCUGGGGAGAGCCUUUCCCUGUCUCUCAGGAUGCCAAUCUACGAUGUACCGUCGUCAAGAAGCAGAUCGAGCUCAAUGCCUGGUACCAUGCGAUCUGGAACGAUAUCGUGUGUGCGGGCUGCUCUCAUUCCAGAAAGAUGAGGGAAAGACCUUCAUCAGCACGACGAAAAGAGAUCGAGGAGCAGACAGCUGAGAUUCAAGAACGAUACGCCAAUCCUGUGGGCGUCAAUCCAGGCGAGCGUCAUUUUCCAAGCACAGGAAAAGAGCGAUACGUCUUUGUCUCUGCAAUCUCGGAGCUGGAAGAUGACGCGGAAGCACAUGGGGCGGUUUCCGAGAAGGCUGGUUCACAUGUUCCGGGAGGCUCAAUCUCUGGUCCAGAGCCUGUGUCACAGAGGGUUCACACUCCGCCUUUCAUUGAGCUCAAACAGAGGGAGACGGAUGAUCUUCCCAUAGGUCUCACAAUCUCCGACCCUCCCGAGAAUGUUGUCCGUGGAGGAUUGGCAGAAGAGUACUAUCAUCCAACAAGUCAGUCUGGUCGCUCAGACGCUGGUGCUCCUUUGGCUCCAGCAGGCACUGCUGAGAUUGUUGAACCCACUCCGAGUUUCGUCGUUACAGCACCUCCUCAGGUCACCGCGUCUACUGUCUGUGGGAGUGACGCUAAUGAGCCCCCUCCUGCUCCUCGGACGGAAGUGAAUGGAGGUGCUGCUACUCCAGCCGCGCCAUCUUCUGACAAAGUUCCCAAAACCCAGAGCCACGGCCACGUGGAGCAUUUAGGCUCCCAUGUUUCGACCCGCUCUCGUGGCUCGAGAGCCACUACCCGUCCGGGCACUCCUUCCGCUCCUGCAAGCCGUGAAAAGUCAAGUUCGGGCUCGUCGAGCAAGACUUCCGAAAAGCCACCAUCGCGGAGAUCUCCCACUCCUGCAGACCGCGCUAUCUCAAGCUCGAGCUCGAGCUCUUCGGGCGACGAUACAGUUGCGCCAGCUCCGCGUGGACAUAGAACAGACCCGAUCUCUCAAAUACACCAUUCGCUACGACCGACCGGCCAUGUCGAGAACCUCAAUAUCACCGUCAACUACAAGCCUGGCAUCAAAGGCAACAUGAUCAUAAACAACAAUGCGGCUCCCUCAUCGGGAGGCAGAACACACUCAAGGCAUGGCUCUCGGCAUUGA